AUGCCGUCUGUCAAGAACCCGAACAAGCCAUCGCGCAACCGGAUGGCGGCACGCGCGGCACAUCAGCGAAAGCAGCAGCAGAAGCGGUCGGCGGCCGGCAAGCUGUCGAGUGGCAAUGCGCAGAUGGACACGACGCGCGGUGCGCGCGCGGGGUUGAUGCCGACGAGCGGCCCGCGGGCGCCGCUGAGCGCGAAGAAGCAGAAGAAGGUGAUCCAGCGGAUGACGCUGGCGCUGCAGCGGCGGAUGGCCGUGGAGGGUGCCGACGCCGUCUUGGGUCCGCUGCAAGACAAAGGCGGCGAUGCGGUCGUCGAGAUGACGGAUGCGCCAGUAGCAGACGAGGCCGUGGCGGCUGCCGUGGAGACGUCUUCCUAG